GCGGGGACUAGGAAGCAGCGAGGAUGGCGGCGUCCGCAGCGCUGAUCCUGCCAGAGAGUCCCAGCAUGAAAAAAGCGGUGUCACUGAUAAAUGCAAUAGAUGUAGGAAGAUUUCCACGAUUGCUUACUCGAAUUCUUCAAAAACUUCACCUGAAGGCUGAGAGCAGUUUCAGUGAAGAAGAGGAAGAAAAACUUCAAGCUGCAUUUUCUCUAGAGAAACAAGAUCUCCACCUUGUCCUUGAAACAAUAUCAUUUAUUUUAGAACAGGCAGUAUAUCACAACGUGAAGCCAGCAGCUUUGCAGCAGCAAUUAGAGAGCAUUCAUCUUAGACAAGACAAAGCAGAAGCAUUCAUCAAUGCUUGGUCUUCCAUGGGUCAAGAAACAGUUGAAAAGUUCAGGCAGAGGAUUCUGGCUCCCCACAAGCUAGAGACAGUUGGAUGGCAGCUUAACCUUCAAAUGGCUCACUCUGCUCAAGCAAAACUGAAAUCUCCUCAAGCUGUGUUACAGCUAGGAGUGAAUAAUGAAGAUUCAAAGAGCCUGGAGAAAAUUCUUGUGGAAUUCGAUCACAAGGAGUUGUUUGAUUUCUAUAACAAGCUAGAGACCAUACAAGCACAGCUGGAUUCUCUUACAUGAUGUUUGUGAAGACUGGUUUCUUCAUCAUACUCCCACCACCUCAUUAUUUUGCAUUGAAGAAAGAUUGCCUGGAUGUAUUUUUUGGAGGAUUCAGUGACUUACUUUCUAUAAAUUAUACAGCUUAUCACUUCUUAGACAAAUAACAGCCAAAGGAGAUCACUGUUAGGAGUUCAGAGGUUCUAAUAUACUUUCUCUAGUUCUGUGAGCCAAUAGCAGUUGUUAAAAAACACUUUUACUUCAGAGAAAUCAAAAGUGAAUACCAUAUUAUUUUUACUGUCAUAUUGUUGCUUCACCUCUUUAUUUUUUACAUGCUCGAUUAUCUCUUUCUGUAUCAAGAAGAGACCAUAGAUAGAUAGUAUAAUGGGUACCCUAACAGAAUGUAGAUCUUUUUAUUACGUUAAUAAAAUUAAGAAACAACCACAUGCAAAGACAUUAUGUCAUUUUUCCUAUGAUGAAUGUAUUUUGAUUGAGAAAUAAUAUCAGAAAUAAAUUUAAAAUGGAGCUAGCAGUAUUAUGUGAGUUAAUUCCAAUGUGAGCUUCUCUGUCUGCUUCUGAGUUUAAUGAUUUAAUAAUAGUCCCAGGUUUGUGUGCUUUUCUUUGUACUGCAGAUUAAUAAUGAUUUAUUUCAUAGUGUGGGAGAUAGAUUUGGAUAAUGAAUAAAAACAAUUGUAAUGAGUACUAAAUGGGCAUUCUUAAAAUUUCAAAUCAGAUACAUUUUGUAUUCUCUUUCUAUGACUAUGUUAUUUGGUUUCAAUCAAUAAAAUUUUUAUGUUUUGAGAUUAUUUGAA